AUGAGGGAAACUCCGCUCUCCAACUGUGAGAGAGCUUUCCUGCUGCGAGCAAUCAGUGAGAAAAAGCGUCUUGAUGGCAGACAGACCUAUGAUUACAGGAAUAUUAAAAAUAACUUUUGGAACGGAGUAUGGCUGCUGUAUCGUUGAACUUGGGAAAACCAGAGUUCUUGGACAGGUAUCCUGUGAGCUUGUGGCUCCCAAGAUGAACCGCCCAACUGAAGGAAUUCUUUUUUUCAACCUUGAACUCACAGCUAUGGCAUCUCCAGCAUUUGAACCAGGAAGACCAUCAGAACUUGUGGUAAGACUUAACAGACUGCUGGAGCGGUGCCUCAGGAAUUCCAGGUGUAUUGACACUGAGUCAUUAUGUGUUCAGGCAGGAGAGAAGGUGUGGCAGGUUCGUGUUGAUUUACAUUUACUAAAUCAUGAAGGUAACAUAAUUGAUGCAGCAAGCAUAGCGGCUAUUGCAGCACUUUCUCACUUCCGGAGGCCAGAUGUAUCUGUCCAAGGAGAAGAGGUCACUGUGUAUUCCGUAGAAGAACGGGACCCUGUUCCACUGAGCAUCCAUCACUUGCCCAUUUGUGUCAGCUUUGCUUUUUUCCAGCAAGGCACUUAUUUAUUGGUAGAUCCUAGUGAACGGGAGGAACGGGUGAUGGAUGGCCUUCUGGUGAUUGCAAUGAACAAGCACAGAGAAAUUUGUACUAUACAAUCAAGUGGGGGAAUCAUGCUGCUAAAAGAACAGGUUCUGAGGUGCAGCAAAAUAGCUGGCGUUAAGGUGGCUGAGAUUACCGAAUUGAUUCAGAAAGCCCUGGAGAAUGAUCGAAAGGCCAGAAAGGAGGGAGGUAAAUUUGGCUUUGCUGAGUCUCUUCCAGAUCAGAAAAUAACUGCUCUAAAGGUGGAAAAAAUCCCUGUAGAUACAACAGAUGUAGAAGAGAAAGCUGAGGAGAUCAUUUGUAAAUCGGAGCCUCCAUCAGAUGUAAGUGGAAAACCGGUUGUUUGGGCUGCUGGCACUGCUCAAAUUGGAGAGGGUGCUGGAAAUGCAUGGGGAGAGUUGGAGGAAUCAGAAGAAGAUGAGGAUGAAGAAGAAGUGGAAACAGACCUGUUGACAGAGAAUCACACAGUCACUGCAGGGGCCACAAAGAAAUCUUCAAAUGGUGAGUGUAUCAGAAUUGUUGACAAGGUCCUAGUGCGAUUUGCAAGUGGAGUAAUGUACAGGAGCUGUUCUGUUGGGUGA